AUGGCAUGUGACAAACUCUUCCUGAUUGUGCUGUUUUUUCUCUGCAACCUGACUGUGGCACUCACAGACACUAUAUCCUGUUACAGGAUUGAGCCGGGGACGAUGGCGGGCAUCAUCUCUGCAGAUUUGGUUCUGACCCUCAUUAUUGUCGUUGUGACAUACAGAUGUGCCAGCUGCCGGCGUCAGAAGAUAGACAACGCUAACAAGGUGUACAUGAACGUUCGAGCCAACUGCAAGUCCACAUAA